AUGCUGCAACGACAACACUUCGCGCAUGAUCUGAGAAAUCUGGAAAAGGAUCGAGAAGCGCAACCGAAAUUACAACGUUUGGCUCCAUUCAUCGACAAGGACGGUAUUCUUCGAGUCGGUGGGCGAUUGAGAAAUUCGAAAAUUCCUUUCUCAGCUAAGCAUCCAAUUAUUUUACCAAAGACAUACUCAACAGCUUUACUAAUUAAGCAUCAUCAUCUCAUGCUCUUGCACUCGGGAGUGCAAGCUACCCUAUACUCCAUGCGAAGACAAUACUGGCCCAUUGACGGGCGAAGUCAGGUAUGGAAGGUCAUAAAAGAAUGCGUACGCUGCUGCCGAGCUCAACCACCUGCGGUAGACUACGUAAUGGGCAAUCUACCUGGAGACCGGGUUAAACAAGCUAGACCAUUCACGAAUGUCGGAGUGGAUUGCUGCGGGCCGUUCUUCAUUAAGCAACGACGACAUCGUAAUCGUACGCGAAUAAAGGUAUACAUCGCGGUGUUCGUCUGCUUCGCAGUGAAGGCGGUCCACCUUGAAUUGGUAAGCGACCUUACUAGCGAGGCCUUCAUCUCCGCCCUUCGUCGUUUUAUAGCUCGACGCGGCUUUUGCUCCAACAUAUAUUCCGACAACGGGUCAAAUUUCGUGGGAGCGUACAAUGCUCUGCGCGAGGUCCAAAACCUCUUGAAGUCACCGGAGCAUCAUGAUCGAAUCCACGCAUUUUUAGUCGAGCGAAACAUACAAUGGCAUUUCAUUCCGCCGCAGACUCCCCACUUCGGAGGACUCUGGGAGGCGGCAGUGAAGUCCUUUAAGAACCAUUUCAAACGCGUUGCAGGCUCCACACUUUUUACAUUCGAAGACAUGAACACGUUAAUUAUCGAGAUCGAGGCUGUGCUGAAUUCGCGUCCUCUUACUCCUCUCUCAUCCGAUCCAAAUGACUUCUUGGUCCUCACUCCUGCGCAUUUCCUCAUCGGUGAAUCUCUGACGAGCCUACCCGAGCGAGAUGUCAGAGAUAUAAAUACUAAUAGAUUGUCGAGUUGGCAGCACAUCCAACAAAUGAAGCAGCAUUUCUGGGCUCGUUGGCAUAAAGAGUAUCUCAACGAACUCCACAACCGCACCAAAUGGACCAAAGGGUCGCACCCUAUCAAGGAAGGCACCGUGGUUCUACUCCGGGAGACGAAUCUGCCCUCCAUGCAGUGGGCCUUAGGCAGAGUGAUGAAGGUUCAUCCAGGGUCCGACGGUAUCAUCCGUACCGUGACAGUCAAGACUGCUACGUCUACCUUUGAUCGAAGUGUCAAGAAACUGGUACCACUACCAUCCCAGUCUGCAGAAGACCAGAUCGAGAAGGCCAUACCUCAUAAAGAGACCCUUGUCUGA